AAAAUGAACGCGAUGACAUAUUAAACUCAGCAAUACUACUCUUAUAAGGACUUAAAAUCAUUAUAAGAAAUUCUAAAAAUUGAUUCCAUUGGAUUUUUUAAUAUUUAUGAAGAUGAAUAAAUAAUUGAAUACUAAAUCGAUAGAUCCAAAUGUUUAAGAUUAAGUGAUCUCAUUUUAAUGAUUGUAUGUUUAUUAUUAACACUUAUUAGAACCAAGAGUUUUUUAUAAUUUCUCUAGGACAACUACUAGGUGUAUUUCUUGAUAUAUUAAGGAAGGUGAUAUCAUAAAAAAUUUAACAUAACAUCGAUCACUCAUAUCUUGACGAUAAUAGAAUUUGGUUGGUAUUUCAAGAUCCAAAUUAAUGUAUAAGUUUUGAGUACUAAACAAUUGAAUAUGAAAUUACUUUUACAGGAUAUCAAUGUGAAUUAUAUGAAGAAGGUUCAGAGACAAAAAUUCCUGCAGAAUAGAAAGUAUAAAGAAUUAUUAAGGAUAUAUUAAUUAAUUUGAAGAACAACAAUAAUUUUAUUAAUUCUUCUGAAAGAGAUAGAAUCCUUGAAUACAUUUAUGAUCCAAUCAUUUAAGAAUGUGAUAAAAUGAAUAUUUAAAAUACUCAAAAUUUAAUUCUAGAUAUUUUAAAUGAAUUUAAUUUCAACAGUGAAGAAUAGACUAUUACAUUAGAUAAAAUCAAAAUUAUAUAUGACAAGACAAAUUUAUAUUUAACACAUAUAAAUUUUAAGAAGUUCAUUGAAAAUUUAAAAGGAGAGAGACCAUUUAUUUUAGAAACUUUCCUAUUUUAUAAGUUAAAAUAUUUUUAAUACAAUCAAAAUAGAAUAGAAAAUGAGUUUUUCCAUUCUGAUAAUAACAAAGAAAUUGAAAAGGGGUUGUAGACAUUGAAAUCAUUCUAUGAGAAAUAUUAAUGCUCAUUUGAAAAGAAUAUAGAAAGUAUCAUUUAAACAUAAUUUGAAAAUAUUCUAAAGGAACAAAUGGAAAAUUAUAAAUUUAUGAUUUCUGAAUAGGAGAAACAAGAAUUAAUUACAAGUAUAUUAAAUAGAAUUUUAAAUAUGAAAUUGAAUAGAUACUUUUAUAAUUCUCCACAUUAUUUUUUAAAAGCAUAGACAAAAUAAAUUUUAGAAUAUCAGUUAAAUUCACUUUCUAAAUACUCAUAACUUAUAACUACAGAAGAAGUGGAACUCUUAAUUCAUUAAAAAAAUUAUGAAUUAAUAUAAUAAAUAAUUUGA